GGCUGCGUUUCUUUUCCAAACCUCUGGAGCAGGGAGAUAAAAAAAAAAUAAAAAAAAACCACGUCCAUCUGAGCACCUCUCGCGUCUCGUCCACGUCCCCACCGGAACGAGCCGAUGUUUGUGAUUUAAACUCGAGCCAGCCGAUGUCCCGUGGUGCGAACAUAUUUGGGAAAAUGGAUCGACUCUCGCUUUGAGGGAUGAAAGAUCAUUUUUCGCCUUAACCCUUUCUGCGCCGAGAUUCUGCGAACAAUCGAGCAGAAGAUGAUGCGUCAGGUGACAAGCAGUGACUUCUGCAUGAAUAGCAGGCCGUCGUGCCUGGCAGAGGACGGGCACCACGCCGCCUCCCACUUUGAACUGUGCACCUCCCAGUCCAACAAGUUCUACCCUCCUCCCCCUCCGUCCCUCCAGAUGACGCUGGCUCCUAUGGCCUUACCCGCCCAGAGCCACAAGUCCAUGGUGUGCCAGAGACAGGAAGUUCUUGGGGGUGACUCACGCUCGUCUGGAAAAAUACCCGGCAUUAAAAGCACUGAUCAAGCGCCGGAUGACGGCAAGAAGAAGAACAAGGCUGUCGGGAAGACGGGCAGACGUGGGAGGCCUUUGGGAACCACCAAGCUAGCCGGAUACAGAACCAGCACAGGGCGGCCCCUCGGCACCACCAGAGCUGCCGGGUUCAAGACGAGCCCGGGAAGGCCGCUGGGUACAACCAGAGCGGCGGGGUACAAGGUCAGCCCCGGACGGCCUCCUGGUAGCAUCAAGGGCCUCUCUCGCCUCAACAAACUGGCUUACGGUAGCACCUGCAGCGGAGCGGCUUUCCCCUAUCCGCUGCCACACAAGGAAAUCCUCUGUGAACCUUCCUGCAAAGAGAAGACAGCUAAUGAGUAAAAGGCUCUCUGCGUUUCUACUCACCCUCCAUCAGUUAAAUGAGAGACGCAUGUGUACAGGUUUCCUGACAGAUACUGGGGAGUGAUUGUAAUCUUUCCCAGUCUGCUGUGAGGCUAAGAGAAGGAGAUUUUCUAUUAUUCGUGUUGGUGUCAUCUGUGUGCCUGCCACCUGAUAUAAUACUGUUAGUUUUUCAGUGCUACUGCUGGAGAUCUAUAGUGUGUGGAAGCUUUCACUUCACAUUGCUGUGUCUGUUUUCUUGGGGAAAAAAAUACAAAAACCACCAGAUGUUUAUUGAGCAAGAGGCUUUUAUCUUACUAACAACUGUAGUGGUAGUUCAUGACAAGUUUCAUUUUUUAGUGUGCUUUAUGUAGCAUUUUAACACUGUUGAAUGUUCGAAACAUUCAUUUCAAAAGGUUUCAUUACUGUAAACAAAGGAGACCAUCAUGAGAAGACUGAUAGCCACAAAGCAAAUCAAGGACAGAUUUUACUUUUAUGUUCAUCACACUACAGUUUGAAUUUCAUAUUAGCUAAUGUAAUUGGAUAUUCGCUCUUGUUCUUGAUCUUUGAACAAACAACAAACAAGCAAGAAAGGAGGAAAGAGAGGGACAAGUAGCAACGCUGUCUUUAGAUUGGUUGGGAAAACAAAAUCCUAUAUGUAGCACCUUUUUAUGUGUCAUAUUUGUGAAAUGGGAGGCAUCUUACUCUGGAUUCAAACUCUUUAUUUUGAGUGUCUGCUUUUGAGAAUUCAGGUGAGCAGUUGGGGGUCAAGUGCCUUGCUCAGUGGCACUUCGAAGAUAGAUGCACAGAUCAUCCUCCAGGCUAACAUCUAGUUAAUCCAACUUUUUCCACUCGGCACCAGAAUUAACGCUAAAAAUCCAUGUCUCCUGCUUACACUACCGUUUGCUCUUCAAAUGUCACCCUGCAAAAUCUCUGCAUUUUAUUAUUUGCAUGCAAAUGUCAUCAAAGCAACAGAGUCAACAUACAGAUUGUUGUGAGAAAUUGCACCUGUUAUCCAAGUCUGAACUAAUCUACUACAUAAACAUUGCCAGCAAUUAAGUUCAUCUUCAGCUUUUCUUCCAACCUGCUAAAAAAUUGGUUUAUGUGGACCGUGGUUGCCUCGUUUGCUCCUGAAUCGCCACAGAAAAGUUGUCUGCGGUUAAACGUUUGGAUGAACGGUGUUUGUGUGUUCUGCUUGGUACUGGAUUGCUUUUCAUUACAGGUCAAAUUUAAGGUAACUCAUCUUGGCUUCCACACAGUUGCUGGUGGUGCCACUGUAGCAGCGGGAUAUGAGUUGGCGUACUCCUGGUAGAAAUGGUUUCUGGUUCCUCUAUGCUGAUUUGUCAAUUACAUGAUUUCUGCUAUAGAUACCAAAACUAAACAUGUUGUUUUUAUACAACAUGUUUAAUUUUUGGCUAAAAAUUGAUUCAUAUAAAAAAUAUAUAUGAUCAAAAAACAAGUAAACUAAACCAAUUUCAAAUUAUGAUAUCCGUUUUGGAUUCUCGUUGCUACAGACAUAUUUAUUUUGAUUCUCAGUAGUAUUGAAUUUCAACAACCAGCCCUAAUCUUAUCAAAAUACAACCAAAAUGUGUGAUUUUAUUGCCCCAACAACAGACUCUUGCCUAAAUAGGUCAGCUUUGGGACUGUUUUAAUCCAUACUGUACAUAUAUAUAUAUAUAUAUAUAUCGAGAGAGAGAACAUUGGUUUACUUUAUAAUAGACACCUGUUCACAUUGUCACAUUGUAGGGAAAGUCUAUCACAAAGAGUCUUUUGUUUUAUUCAUCAAAACCACUGAUUACAUUACUUAGUGUGAACAAAGAUACCAAGUUAGAUACAAAGCAAAACUCACAUACAAAUACAGAUAUAUUUUGCUUUAUUUGUCCCCAGAUAAUGAGCAGAUUGAUAUUCAAAAUAUCAUCUUAUCUGUAACAUGAAUGUGUUGCUGAAUGCACUGACUAUGAUUGAUAUGGCAGUUAACAUUGUAGUAAUUUAAGUGUAGAACUAAUUUACACAAUCUAUCUUUUAAAAAUAACAUCUAUUUAAUGUGAUACUUGUGUGACAUACAUUUACCCACCUAAAGCCUCAAAUAUCUUUUUUUUAUUCUUACUCUUACAGACUUAAAAAAAUAAUUUAAGAUUCAUGUUUUGAUUUGUAUUUUAAUGCAGAAUCAUAAACAAAUGAGACUAUUACUGACACGACUGUGAGCCACCGCUGCCCUCUAUUCUGUGGUUUUACUCUGUGAGCCAGCACAGAUUGGUGAGAAUCUGCAGACAGGUGGCACUGUUCCUCCAGAGCAAACAGCAAAAGCUGUAGGAGCUUUAUCAGAGGCAGAGGGAAGCAGUGAAUGGGCGAUGGGAAAAAAUCUCUCCCAUUACAUUCAUCGCCUGAAACAAAUCUGAAGAGAUGAGAAGAACUAACAGCCACAUUUGUGGAGAUCUUGCAGCCAUUAUCUGAGGUGUGACGUAGACCACAAAUGAUCUCAAUCAUGGUCUCAUUUGUUUACGUUUAUCACAUUAAGGUAAAAUAAUUUAAGAAUUAUGUAUUGAUGUUUGAACUUCUACAUCUUAAAGUAAUGGUACAGCUUAUCAAUCUUUCAAGCUUUGAUUUUAACAAUGGCAAGGUCAAAUCAUGUCUGUUUUGUUUUUUUAAUUAUGUUGUUAUUUAUUAUGUUAUUUUAGGUACAUUACCAUAGCCCUGUAGAACACUUGAAUCUAACAGUGGUGGGAGGGAGGUGUUUUGUGAAAUGCUAAUGUAAAAUAAUUUAGUGCAAACAGAAAGACAUGGGAGAUGCAGUUGUUUUAUUGGUUUAAUAUUUGUCAUUUCACGCUUAAUGCACCGUAAAUACAGUAGAUCACAUAUCGUGAAAUUAUUCAAAAUAAUGGAUAUUUGACUAUUUGUCACUUGCCCUGGUGAACAUCCAGUUUUUGGUAUCAUUCAUGUACAGGCAUUUGAAGAGUGGAGAAACAGUAUAAGCUUCACUAAGUUGCUCUCUUGUGACAAAAUUCAAAAUAGUUAAAUUUGGUGCAAUAAUCUGUUGUAUGUAUUGUACUGUGAAAACUUUGAUACUAUCACUUUUUAUUAUUGUUGUAUUUUUAUACUUGUGUACAAGGCCUUCUGUCACAUGUUUCGUUGAUGUGUGUGGUGUUAACAGAGGUUACUGAAAUGUCACAUACAAACAUCCUUUUCACCCUCCUUUACCAAAGAAUAUGACGUUAUCUAACUGUACGAGGCAUUUAUGCUAUUUGAUUUUUAAAAAUAUUCCAACAUCUCACAAAAUAACCUUAGCAUGAAAGUUACUGUGUAAAAUGUAAAUGAAAAAGCACUUGGAGACCAUUAUCCCAUAAAAGGUAGUACGAUUGUUUGGAUUAGUAAAAUAACUUUAAAUGCCAGUUUCUUGAAUGCAUUCUAAAUUGCUACAUUGACAAUGUAAACUAAGUUCCUUACAUUUUAUCGUAUUUAUAUCCAUCUGUUAUUCUACUUUGAAAGUUGUUCUCUUUUUAUAUAUAAUUGUUAUGUAGCCAUGUUUGAUAUUUAACUGAUAUUGUUUUGUUGAGGUUAUGGCUGACAUAAUGCCUGGCGGACUCACAUUCUGACGUUUGUGGGUUGUUUUUUUUUAGGUUUUAGAUGCACAUGAUGAGAUGGUGCCUGACGGGAUGCACUGUUUGCUGGCCGGACAUUUCGACAUGUCACUGUAGGAACAGCACAGGUGUAAAUAAUAUAAUGAAUGAUGGCUCACUGUCACGACCUACUGGGACAUCUGAAUAGGCUGUUAAUGUUAGUAGUAACACCUGUGCUUCUCCUUCAGCGAUGAGACAAAAUGUUUGCUGUGAAAAGCACCUUGUCUUUUAACAAACAUAAAAGAAUGAAUAUUUUGUCAACUUUCAACAACUACAGCUCCCAUGAUGCUUUAACAGUGUGGUAGUGGAAGAGCAGUUAGCCUCUCUACCACCAACCUCUGUAUUUCCUCCGAUUGAGGGUUUCUUUCAUUACCGGUCCAUAUUCUAAGAUAGAUGGAUAUUCCUCCAAUUUUCUCGGGAUUGUGGGAAAUGGUGUUUGGCAAAUGGAGUGAAUUUAGAUGUUUUUAAAUGAUCGUAGUUAUCUAGACAUAUGGAGUGAACUACAUCCUGUUGAACAAGGUUGUGUUGUAAGGGCUCGAUUUUCCAUCGUUAGUGUUACUACAAAUGUGAUUUUGAUUGAGUUAUUGUUUCCUCUGGAACAAUAAACAGAGGUUCCAGUUUUACUUUGGCUCUCUGUGGCUUAGUGGGACAUUGUAAUGUUGUGGAACACUAACAAAAUGUUAGGAUAUUGUCUUAUUGUCUCAGUUAAUAUAAGGAGCUGUGCAAAGUUUACUAUCCAGGCAUCUAUUUAGCUUUGAAUAUGGACAGAAAACUCCAGUUUCAGCUUUUUAGAAAGACUGAUGAAAGAAAACCAAUUGAGUUAAUAUUAAUUGAACAGAGGCAAGCUAGGUGAUUAAGGCUCGGGUUAAUUGACAUAUGUUUGACACGGUUAAGAUUCAGGUAAGAAUUUAAGAAUCCUUCCCCAUAAGGAUGGCUGGACAUCAAAAUGAUGAAUGUCAUAUUAUCUGAGAUAUUUGGUGUUCUGUUAACAAACUUGUUGUAAAUGGUAAAAAUCAAAGCUCUUUAGCAGUGUGAUGGUGUAAUAUCAGAGCACCCUGAAGGUCCGUGUACAUCUGUUUUAUUUUUCAAGUUAUUGUUUCUCUCCCACCAUCUUCAGCAUUGAAUCAAUAAUGGUCUGUUGUCUGUCGAUGAUGAUUUAAAAAAAUAUUACCUCACACUUUUGAGUGUUUUUGAAAAGACGUGAAGCCCAGUUAUUCCUGAAGUGUGAUUGGCG